CGCGAUUUCGACCGAAGCCCUUUCACCCCGUUGCCUCCGGGCACAAGGACGUCACCAUGAACAAAAUCCGCGCUAUCCAAGCGCUCAACAAAAAGGAGAUAGAGCAGGGAAUCUCCCCCGAUGCAUCCUGGCAUGCCGACUACCGCGACACGGCCUUUGUGUACUUUGGCGGCUUGCCAUACGAGCUGUCCGAAGGCGACGUCAUUACUAUAUUCUCCCAGUUCGGCGAGCCUGUGUUCUUGAAGCUUGCACGCGAUAACGAAACCGGCAAGUCCAAGGGCUUUGGCUGGCUCAAGUAUGAGAACCAACGAAGCACCGACCUGGCCGUGGACAACCUCGGCGGCGCAGAGAUUGGCGGCAGGAUGAUUAGCGUCGAUCAUGCACGGUACAAACCUCGAGACGACGAAGACCCCGACGAAUUCAAAAUUGGCUGGGAGGAUAUGAUGCGUCGGGAAGGCAAGGCCGUGUCCGAGGACGAGAGCAGUGACGAAGAGACGCAACGGCCCUUACUACCCGAGGAACAAGAGUUGGCGACCCUGAUGCGGGAACACGACGAUGACGACCCUAUGAAGGGAUUCCUUAUCGAGGAGAAGAAGAAAGAGGUCGAUGAGGCGAAGAGGCGAGCAGACAGGAAGGAUCGAAAGCACAAACACCGACGCCACCGGUCUCACAGACACAAGAUUGGUGAUGACAGCGAUGAUGGCCAUAGGCGGUCACGGUCACGGGGGGACGAGUCAAAGGAUAGCCGAGACCGUCGACAAAAAGGGAGAGACUCGGUUCAGAAGAGAGACCGCGGAGACUCCCCACAGAGGGAUCGACGACGAGGCAGGAGGGAGGAGGACGCUGGCUCUGGGCGAAGACGGGAUCGCCACAGGGACAGCAGCCGAGAUAUGGACAGGGGAAGGGGACGUCAUGACAGGCAAGGCUCAGGUGAACCUGACCGUAGGAAGCGUCGGGACGACGGUGGUCACGAGCGGAGACACACAUGGCGGAGUAGAAGCCGGUCACCGCGUCGACGCGAGGACAAGAUAUAAGUAAUAUUCACGUGAUACCACAGUCAUGAUCUGACGCGAAAAUACAUCAAAACCAUUCUUUCCCG